AUGUUGAUCUCAUUCUAUGCAUUAAUACUAAUUUUCUCUCUUUUUUCUCAAGGUUUCUUAUUUUCUGUUUCAAAGUCUUUGCGAAAAGCAGAAGAUGAUGUGCUACUAAGUACAUUCCGUCUUGGAAAAGUAAUCCAGAAUGGUGGAAAAGCUGAAGAGUCACGGCCUGCAUCUUCUUUUGAGCAUUACAAAACUGAGGAUAGUAAUUUUCUGGAUGAAGGGGAAGAUGGAACCUCCAAAUUCUCUAAUAUAGGUUCUAAACAGCAUGUCAUAAGCCGUGGCCAGGCACUGAAGCAGAUUCCUUAUUUUGCACUGGAAAGACCAAUGGUUUUUCCAGCUGAUGCUGAAGUACAAAGUAUUGAAUCAAUACAGGAAAGGAGAGAGACCGGAAAUGAAGAAGACUCAGCUAAGUUACCUGUUGGAAGAAGAGAUUUUGACAUGCUCAGGUGCAUGCUGGGAAGAGUUUAUCGUCCUUGUUGGCAAGUCUGAAACGCUGCACAAUCCAUCACUUGGAAGAGACAAAACCAUUUUCUUGACAAUUAAUUGAAGUAGUAGCUGUGGUUUAACUAUUGCUGUACAUGUCUGUAAAUAUUUGUUUUCUCAGAACACAUGAUCAAACAACUGUAAGAAUUAUAUCACAUUAUUAAAACUGAGAAUUCUGCAAAGCUUGUUGAUCUCUGUCCAAAUGUUAUAUAUACAUAUUAAUUUUGCAUAAUAUUCAUAGUCACAAUGAAGACAAGAUACCAUCUUAGCUGCUGCCUUCUUUCGGAGCUUACAGAGACACUGAUGUUUGCAAUGAGUAUUAAAAGGAUAACUUUUACAGCCUAAAGAAAUGAGUUAGCUUUGCCUGACCAGCAAUCAGUUUAUUUUUGACUGCAGUCUUGCUCUGUUUUCUAGAUACUUCUUUUUUGCUGUCCAAACUGUUCUGGAAUUUCAUUGCACUCUUUGGUCUCUUACUAUGUAUGUGUUGAAGUGAUUCAUUUUCAUUAAUACAGAUGACAUUUUCACUAGUUCUAUCCACCUGCUUCCUCUUUGAGCUCUUGUUUCUUG